AAGUGCAACUGGCAGACCUCCACCAUUGUCCUGCCUGGGUUACUGAUGAUUUUGCUGUGCAUGGCGUCCGUAUCACUAGCGCAGCACCAAAGAAAGGCGGGGCGCCUCAGUCGCCCAGGUGUGGUGGUCCCAAGCUGUGGCGAGGCAUGGCCCAGGCCAAUGAUCCAGACGACAGGCCCGAACCUCAUCUUGCUUCACCCAAGCACUUUCAGCUUCGUGUUCGUGGGUCCCGCUGGUGGUUGUGACGUGUCCGAUAGGGCACUUAAGCGGUACCGCGAUCACCUGCUCUUCAAUGGCUGCGCGAAGACGGGAGGAGUGUCUGACAGCUUGCGAUGGACACCUCGUCGCAACCAUCCUGGUGGUGUGCCGGUGGCCGACAUCAGCUCACUGCUCGUCCACCUCCGUGGACCAUGUGAACACACCCCGUACCUCGACAUGGACGAAUCAUAUACUCUGCAACUGACGGCAAAGGCCCAGCCAUCCCUGACGGCGGACUCGGUUUGGGGAAUACUCCGGGGCCUGGAAACGUUCAGUCAGAUUGUCUACCCUUACGACGGUACUCAGUUCGCUGUCAACGAGAGUGUGAUCCACGAUGCCCCAAGAUUUAAGCAUCGCGGUCUCCUCAUCGACACCUCCAGGCACUUUGUCCCGCUCAAGAAGAUUCUUCAGACGCUGGACGCCAUGGCGUACAACAAGAUGAAUGUCCUGCACUGGCACAUCACGGACGACCAGUCUUUUCCUUUCGUGAGCAGAACGUUCCCGUCCCUGAGUGAAAAGGGUGCCUUUGAGCCUGAGACGCAUGUCUACAAGCCUACUGACGUGCAGUACAUUAUUGACGAGGCCGCCGCCAGAGGCAUCCGCGUCAUGGCUGAAUUCGACACACCCGGUCACACCCGGUCGUGGGGCGAGGCAUACCCGGAGCUGCUCACCACGUGCUAUGAAGGUCACGUGCCAAAUGGUCGGCUGGGUCCCAUAGACCCGACACGCAACGAGACGUACGCAUUCCUGGCCCAUUUCUUCGCGGAGGUGGCGCGCGUCUUUCCCGAACAGUACCUGCACUUGGGAGGAGACGAAGUCGGCUUUCUGUGUUGGAUGUCUAAUCCUAACGUAACAAGUUUCAUGAGACAGAUGGGAUUUCCUUGGCGCUUUGACAAACUCGAGGACUACUACAUCCAGAGAUUGCUCGAGAUCGUAAAGGCCCUCCGCAAGAGUUAUAUGGUUUGGCAAGAAGUCUUCGACAACAAGGUGCAGAUCGCCCCAGACACCGUUGUCCACGUGUGGAAGCAGCCGCAAGAACUCGAAAUGGCCUCAGUCACAUCUGCGGGCUACAAAGCGCUGCUGUCCGCCUGCUGGUACCUGGACCACAUAUCGUACGGGAGCGACUGGAAGAAAUACUACGCCUGUGACCCAGAGGAUUUUCCCGGUACUCCUGAACAAAAGGCCUUGGUGCUUGGCGGUGAAGCCUGCGUAUGGGGCGAGUUCGUAGACAGCACUAACCUCAUCAGCAGGACAUGGCCACGAGCAUCCGCGGCCGCGGAGCGGCUAUGGAGCCCAGCCACUGUAAAGAGUGCCAAGGAUGCAGCACCUAGGUUCGAGGAGCACCGCUGCAGAAUGAUGAGGCGUGGCCUUGCAGUCGAACCGCAAAAUGGCCCUGGAUACUGCGAGUGCGACAGCGUUAUCUAAGCAGUGCCGCUGAAGCGUCAAAUCCUUCCCACGUGCACAAAUCUAAACGAUGAAUUUUAUAGCACACAUCAUUUUCAUUGUUUCAGAGAGAUCAGUUACAUUGUUUUGUAAGGAAGAGCAUUGAAGGAUGAAGACGUAGGAUGCUCCUUUAAAUAAAGCGUUUUUUCAUGUUAUCGAAUCGUGUACAUCUAUAAACACAUAAAUCACAGAAAUCAGUUAAAUAAUGAUAGAUAUGCCUCGUAAGAAGUGUGCCG